AUGGAAUCUACUAUGACUGUUGAAGUUUCUACUGCCUCUGAUGAUGGAGUGAAUGUUGCUUCACUGAAACCAUCUUCAGCUGAUAUGGCUUUUUAUUAUGAAAGAUUAUUACCUUUCCGUUAUGUUUUCCAAUGGUUGAAUCAUUCACCUAAACCUACUAAAGAUUUCACAAUGAGAGAAUUCGCCUAUGAACAUAGAUCAGGAGCUUAUCAACGUUAUAAUUCAUUUGCCACAUUAGAUGAAUUCAAAAAAUCAGUAGUAUCGGCUAAUCCUAUGAGAUUUGAAAUUGGUCCAGUUUAUUCAGUCAACCCUAAAGAACGUAAAAAUUUAUCAAAGAAUGCUAUGAGACCUUUAGCUAAAGAAUUGGUUUUCGAUAUUGAUUUAACUGAUUAUGAUGGUAUAAGAACAUGUUGUUCAGGUACUAAGAUUUGUGAAAAAUGUUGGAAAUUCAUACAGGUAGCUGCUAAAAUUAUUGAUAGAUCAUUAAAAGAAGAUUUUGGUUUCAAACAUUUGAUCUGGGUUUUCUCUGGUAGAAGAGGGGCCCAUUGUUGGAUAAGUGAUGCCAGAGCAAGAAAUUUAGAUGAACUUACAAGAAGAUCGAUUGUGGAAUAUUUAGAUGUUCUUGGAUCUAAACAAGCUAAAAUGGGUAAACAAUCAUUAAAUUUAAAGAGACCUUUCCAUCCUCAUAUUGAAAGAUCGUUUGAAAUAUUGAAAACUUCUUUUGUAGAAAUAGUCCUUAAUGAUCAAGAUCCUUGGAAUGAUGACAAUGAACAAAUUGAUGAAAUGUUAGCUUUCCUUCCUGAUAAAGAUUUACAACAAGAAUUACAGAAAAAAUGGAAAAAUUCAUCAUCAAACUCUAAACAAAAAUGGGAAGAUAUUGGUAUAGUAGCAGAAAAGAUCAUUAAAAAUCAAGCUCGUUUAAAUGCAGUUAAUGAAGCUAAAAAAGAUAUAAUUUUCUAUUAUUUGUAUCCAAGAUUAGAUGUGGAAGUUUCUCGUCAAUUGAUCCAUUUGUUAAAAUCUCCAUUUUGUAUACAUCCUAGUACAGGUAACAUUUGUGUCCCAUUUGACCUUGAUUAUAAUUUAUCAGAUAAUAGAGAUGAUGAUGGUUAUGGGUUCAACCCAAUGCAUGCUCCUAAUUUAAUAACGAUUCAAAAUGAAUUGGAAUUAUAUGAUUCUCGCAACGUUGAUAGAGCUUCAAGCCAACCAUCAACUGAUGAUGAAAAUGAAGCUCCAACCACAAAAGUUUUAGAUUUUGAAAAGACAAGUUUAAAACCUUACGUGAAUUAUUUUGCAAAAUUCGUUAAUGAUUUGGUGAAAGAUGAAUUAAAGAGUCAAAAAAGAGACAGAGAUGAUCUUGAAUUUUGA